AUGAGGGUGGCCGUGGGCAUGCUCUGGUUCCUGGCCCUUGGGGGCCCCCCCCAGGCCCAGGGCUCCUGUCCCUCUCAGUGCAGCUGCAGCUUCCAUAUCCUGGGUGAUGGCAGCAAGGCCAGGACGGUGGUGUGCAACGACCCCGACAUGACCCUGCCCCCAGCGUCUAUCCCCCUGGACACCACCAGACUGUGCCUGGAGCGGACGGCCAUCCGCAGGGUGCCGGCCGAGGCCUUCCGGCCGCUGGGCCGCCUGGAGCAGCUGUGGCUGCCGUACAACGCCCUGGGCGAGCUCGGCGGCCUCCUGCUGCGGGGCCUGCGGCGCCUGCGCGAGCUGCGGCUGCCCGGGAACCGCCUGGCCGCCUUCCCCUGGGCGGCGCUCAGGGACGCCCCCCAGCUGCGGCUCCUGGACCUGCAGGCCAACCGCCUGUCGGCCGUGCCGCCCGAGGCCGCGCGCUUCCUGGGCAACCUCACGUUCCUCGACCUCUCCAGCAACCAGCUGCUGAGGCUCCCGCAGGAGCUGCUGGGCACCUGGACUCACCUGAAGACCGGGCUCUUCCUCCCCGGCCACCACGCCAGGCUGGUCCUAGGGCUUCAGGACAACCCCUGGGUGUGUGACUGCCGACUCUAUGACCUGGUCCAUUUCCUGGAUGGCUGGGCCCCAAACUUGACCUUCAUUGAGAACAGGCUGAGGUGCGCCAGCCCUCGAAGCCUGGCUGGUGUGGCCUUCAGCCAGCUGGAACUGAGGAAGUGCCAGGGCCCAGCGCUCCAUCCAGGGGUGUCCAGCAUCAGGUCUCCUUUGGGCAGCACAGCACUGCUACGUUGCGGAGCCACCGGGGUCCCUGGGCCUGAGAUGAGCUGGAAGAGGGCCAAUGGGAGCCCACUCAAUGGCACAGUGCACCAGGAAGUGUCCAGUGACGGCACGAACUGGUCUCUGCUGAGCCUGCCUGCGGUGUCCCACCUGGACUCUGGAGACUAUGUCUGCCAGGCCAAGAACUUCCUGGGAGCAUCCAAGACUCUCGUCACCCUUAUUGUCACUGAGCCUCAGACUUCCACAGGACACAGUGGGAACCCAGGGGCACUCUGGGCAAGGACAGGCGAGAGGGUGGAAGCUGCUGCUUACAACAACAAGCUGGUGGCUAGGCAUGUCCCCCAUAUUCCUGAGCCUGCUGUCCUGGUCACUGGGCCCUCUGAGCCCAGCACAAAGGAAGAGCUGACCCUCCAGCACUUCCAGCUGGGUGUCCCAGGAGGGGUCUCAGAAGGACAGGCGGGACCCCAGGAGGACCAAGUGGUGAAGGCUCUCAAGGUGGUGGGGGACACUUACCACAGCGUGUCCUUGGUGUGGAAGGCCCCCCAGGCCAGAAACACAACUGCCUUCAGUGUCCUCUAUGCAGUCUUUGGGCAGCACAACAUGCAGCGGGUGAUUGUGCAGCCUGGGAAGACCAGCGUCACCAUUGAUGGACUGGUGCCUAAGACCAAGUAUGUGGCAUGCGUCUGUGUGCGGGGCCUGGUGCCCCGGAAGGAGCAGUGCAUCAUCUUCUCCACUGACGAGGUGGUGGAUGCUGAGGACACCCAGCGGCUCAUCAAUGUGGUGGUGAUCAGCGUGGCCGCUGUCAUUGCUGUGCCUCUCACAAUGCUCGUCUGCUGUGACGCUCUCCAGAGGCGCUGUCGCAAGUGCUGCACCGCGGGCUCCACCGAGGCCUCGGCCGCCUAUGUCAACCUGGAGAGGCUGGGCCACAGCGAGGAUGGCUCGGAGGAGCUGUCCCAGCACAGCCUUGGCGAGGGCGACAGGCUCCUCUCAGCCCGUUCCAGCCUGGACUCUCAGGCUUUGGGGAUCCAGGGGGGCAGACGGAUCAAUGAGUACUUCUGCUGA